GCCACGAACCUUGAAAACACCGUGCUUCCAGGGGCACAGUUCUUCGUCAACGACCAGGGUGACAUUGUCUUCAGCGAGGCCUCAACGGAUUUGGCUGGUCAGCAGGUUCCGAUGCAGAUAGAAGUGCCGAGCAGCCACUACCGCUGGAAGGAAAGAGGCGCGGCCCUGGAG